GAUUUCCCUCGUAUUUCGCUUUAUGGACAACGCCGUAGCUCCCUCUGCCUAGUUCCUCGAGAAAGCGAACAUUUCCUUGUCCCAUUUCACUGCCUGCAAAGCUUCAGUCGCAUCCAAACAUCCCUUCUUUCAGGGGCGGUGAUAGAACAAGUUUAAGAAAACUAACAUGUGGACAUUACGAGGUGUGAGAUCGGGGCUAAAAACCCCGCGAUACAGCCGAGUUUCCCGAAGAAGACUCCAUGGAGUAGGUGAAAAAGUAAUGGCGAUUCGACGAGAGGACAUCAACGUUUGGGAGAGACGAGCACCUAUCGGCCCGGCUCAUGUAUCAGAACUUGUGAACAGAGGAAUCAAAGUUCUUGUGCAGCCUUCGACCAGACGAGCCUACACUAUGGAUGAAUAUGAACGCGCCGGGGCUGUCAUUACGGAGGAUCUAAGCCCUGCGAGUUUGAUCAUCGGCGUGAAAGCUGUGCCAGUGGACUUAUUAUUGCCAAAUAAGACUUACGCAUUCUUUUCCCAUACAAUUAAAGCGCAAGAGGCGAAUAUGUCACUACUAGAUGCAAUGCUGGACAAGAAUAUCAGGAUUGUCGAUUAUGAGAAGAUGGUGGACAAGAAAGGCCAGAGAGUGUGUGCUUUCGGAAAAUUCGCCGGAGUCGGAGGGAUGAUUAAUAUCCUCCAUGGGUUGGGGCUGCGGCUUUUAGCUCUAGGUCAUCAUACCCCAUUCAUGUACAUGGGUGGCACACAUAAUUACAAGAGCAGUCGUGCAGCUAAACUUGCUAUUUAUGAGUUGGGGGAGGACAUCAAAGCAGGAAAGCUACCUGAACAUUUUGGUCCCUUGUCAUUCAUUUUUACAGGAUCCGGUAAUGUUUCUCAGGGUGCACAAGAGGUGUUCCAGGAGCUCCCACAUCUUUACGUCCAUCCACAUGAACUCAAGAAAGCUGUAGAGAAAGGAGAUCAUAGGAAGGUGAUUGGGACGGUUGUCAGCAGGGAAGACUACUUGGUGCCUAAAGCAGGUGGAAAGUUUGACGCCCAGGAGUAUGAAGCGCACCCUGAGAGAUACAGGUCUACAUUUGCUGAGAUUGUUGCUCCCCACAUGUCUGUCCUGGUAAAUGGUACUUACUGGGCACCUGGUCUGCCACGUGUACUCACAUACGACGAUGCCAAGAACCUCCUAAAGCCAAUGGCACGCACAAGUGCCUAUGAUGGUUGCCCCAAUCUUCCACACAGGCUACUAGCUAUUUGUGACAUAUCUGCUGACCCAGAUGGUUCUCUUGAGUUUAUGAAGGAAUGCACAACAAUAGAAUACCCUUUCCAUCUAUAUGAUAUCAAAACCGGGACCUCCCAGAUAGGGAUGGCAGGUGAUGGGGUACUGAUCUGCUCCAUCGAUAACGUCCCCGCCCAACUUCCACGAGAGGCCACAGACUACUUUGGCAAACUUUUGUUGCCAUGGCUACCAGAAAUGAUUGAUUCUGAUGCGACAGAGCCAUUUGAGUCACAGACACAUCUUUCACCAACAGUUAGAGAUGCUGUCAUAACAUCAAACAGAGAGCUUACUCCAAACUUUAAAUACAUCGCAAAGCUCCGGAAAAGAAUGGAGGAGGCAAAGGCUCGUGCCCUGGGCCCCAAUGUGGCCACGCCCAUGAGAAAGCGGGUUCUUGUACUAGGGUCAGGACUCACCGUCGCUCCCACCAUUGAGUACCUGGUCAGAGAUAAAAGUGUUGGCGUCACCGUUGCAUCGUCUGUCAUGAGCGAGGCAGAGCAGUUGGCUGGGAGUUUCCGUAAUACUCGUCCUGUUCUACUUGAUGUGGAAUACCACACUGAUAAACUGCAAAAACUCAUUAAGGAUCAUGAUAUUGUUAUCAGCUGCCUUCCAUACGACCUUCAUGGUGCGAUCGCUGGCAAGUGCAUCGAGCACAAAAAGAACAUGAUCACCUCUAGCUACGCUCAUGUGCUCUCUGACGAGAUCCACAAGGCUGCGAUGGAUGCAGGAGUGUGCAUCGGCAUGGAGCUAGGACUGGACCCAGGUAUCGAUCACGUGCUUGCCAUGGAGUGCUUUGAUGACGUCAAGGACGAGGGAGGGACGAUUAAGUCGUUCCUGUCGUACUGUGGAGGCCUUCCCGCCCCCGAACACGCAGACAACCCUCUCAGAUACAAGUUCAGCUGGAGCCCGCGCGCUGGUCUCAUGACCAUCAUGCACGGAGCCAAGUACUUGUGGUAUGGCAAGACGGUGGAGAUCGCUCCAGGCGAGCCCUUACUGCAGGAGAUCAAACCCACGGGUCAGUUCCCGGGGUACAAGCUCGAGGCGUACCCCAACAGGGACUCCACCUUGUACCGCGACCGCUACAACAUCCAGACGGCGGACACGGUGAUCCGAGGCACCCUCAGGUACGAGGGAUUCUCCACUGCUGUCACUGGCCUCUUCAAGCUUGGCUUUUAUAGCAUACGGCCACACCCGGACUUUGAACUUGCGCAACAGCUCCCAUGGUGUACGUUGUUGGCAAAAAUGAUGGGAAAGCCCGACGCGGGCAUGAGCGAGCUGAGCUCACUCGUCUACGAGCGAGUUGGACGCAACGAGCAACGAGUUGCUGCUAUUGAAGGGCUCGGUCUAAUGUCUGAGGAGCCAGUAGUCCCCCAGAAGACCCCCCUAGACACUCUCGCGAGCUACCUUAAGACCAAACUAGACUACAAGGAUGGAGAGAGGGACCUGGUACUACUACGACACGAGAUCGGCAUUGAGUGGCCGUCCAAUAAAAAGGAGACGCGAAGUAUUAGCAUGAUCUGUUAUGGGGACCCUGCGGGGAACUCAGCCAUGGCCCAGACUGUUGGUACUCCUGUGGCGAUCACAGCCAAGAUGCUCUUGGAAGGAGACCUGAAGACGUCCGGUGUGUUCACGCCUGUCGCCCGUGAAAUUUACAAGCCGCUAGUCAAGAAAUUGCGAGAAGAAGGGAUUACAAGUAAAGUUUCGUCCAUCUACCAUUGAUGAGACCCAAGCGCCGCCAAUAGAAUGAUCCAAGUGACCGCCUCAACAUGACCUCCUAUCUGGACAAACUGACGAGCUUGAUCCUGGUCAAAUGUAGAUUGUCACAUCAACUACCCUUUCCCUGUCAUGUCUGGGUAAGCGUGGACUACCUGAAGCGAGGGCAGGGAUACUUAGGAAAGUUUAGACGGACUAGCUCCUGGUAGAAAGCAUCUUGCCGCCAUCUGUCUUCACAAGUCUGGAAUAAUUGGACACACUAACGGGUCUGAGACGUUAACGCAUUCAAGGCCCAGCGUCUUCAAGCGAAGUGACGUGGGGCUGUCAAUAGACUAGUUGAGAAAGAUAAGGCUGGGAUAUAUUUUUUUGGAAUAUAAUUUUUGGUAGAUGCAAUAGCUGAAGCAAACAAUUAAGACAUUGUAAUAUAAUGUGUAGAUAAGCAUAAGUGUUUGAAGAAAGAAGUGUUUUUUGGAGAAUGUUCAUUCAAGAAAAAUGAUUUUUAGAAAAUGUCGACUAAUCUCGAAUUAUUGCAUGAAGAAUUCCCGUGCUUGGGCUGGGCACGCCUUUCAACUUUCCCGCGUAAACCGCAGGGUACCCAUUUACUGUAAAUGCUUGUUUUAUCGCCCAGGGCACAUUUAUUUAUCUAUUAAUUUUGGUUACGAUAGGAGCACUAAUUUGUGAUGGAGGUGUGUGUGGGGAGGGGAGUAUUUGAAAGGUGCUUAUCAUUUUUCUAAACGUUUUUCAAGUAUUUAUUUAUUCUAAUUGUAUCUCUUUGUCGUUUACCUCGGGAAUCACUGGUUGUUUACCAUUUGAUCGGAAAUUCCGGUACUUCUGGUUAUUUUGUAAAUGGUACAUAUUCCUCCCACUGGAAAAUUUACGGAAAAUGUGGAGUUGCUUGAGAGGUAGUCCACUUUCUCAGGGGAUACCAGAAAUUCCGGAAAAUCGUGUACGAUUUGCAGUUUUCAAUAGAAUAUUUGACCGAGUCCCCCAUCGGCCACUAUUCCUCAGCACCCCAAAAGUAGAAUUUCUGGGUACUGAAGCAAAUAGUACAAAAGUCAUCCCGGAAAUUCUGGAAUAUAGAAAACUUUUUUUACCAUUAUGGCAUCCCGGAAAAACGGAUCUCAUUCUGGAAUUUCCGAUUAAAUUGUAAACAACCACUGUCACAUGUGCCACGUGAUCAUGAUCACGUGCCACAUUUGGAGAGGGGUUUCUCGCUUUGGGGCGCUGUUUAAGGGUGCGUUUUUUUUCGUAUCAUUCUGGAAUGGGAAUGGUUGGUAGAGAAUGUUCAGAAUGUCAUUCGAGUCAUUCUGCUACAGGUAGCAGAAUGGGUGGAAUGGCCUUCAUUCCAUACCGGAAUGGGAACGCGGGAUAAACGAACGCGCGCUUUUUCUAUUCUAAUCAUUCUCAUUCCGGAAUCACGAAUAAAAAAAAACGCGCCCUAAGAGUGGUGCGCUAGAAGAAGCAUUUACAUUUUUCAAUAACCGAUGUGCACCGAUGCGAGAGUGUAAUAGUUUGUAGUCAAGCGAAUCAAUGUCUGCGCUAUGAAAGGUAAUUUAUUCAAGUGUUCAAACUUAUUAAUUAAAAUGUCAUUUGUUGUCUAAACUA